AUGGACCAAGAGAAUAGGCAGCUUGCUGCACAAGUAAAGGCUGCUGGCGGGGAUCUGGCAAAAUUGAAGAUCACACCAUCUGAUGUCGAUUUGGAUACUCAGAUUUCCGAAACGCGCGAUGCUAUUGCGAAACGAUUAGCCUUAUUACAGCCACUGCGUACUGGGUCAGAACUGGUGUCCGCUGAAAACCUGGCACAAGUAGACGCUGAGUGGACGAAAUGGCGAGCCGAAUGGAUACGAAGAAGAAAAAUAUUUAUGUCUUUUUGGCACCUUAUCACCGACACUCUUUCUCCGCAAGAUGCAGAAACGCUCUCUGGAGAUCUGGGCAUCGAAUUUGAUACAGCUGAACAUGUUUCCGUCGAGAACGGUCCGCUCUGCGCGAAUUCAAAUCCGAUGAAGCGAAAACGAUAA